ACUAACAAGCAACAUGCUGUUGCCUGAGGAAAACACAGAUGAGCCUCCAUAUGCUGCAAAACGCGGUACAACCUCAUACAAGAGCACCCCGCUGAGCAGACGUUCAGCAAACACUCUUCAAGAGAGAAACAGACUGCACUUUUGAUCUCCCCCACCGCACCAUGUGGAACAAGAACAUUUACUCGGUCUCAGAUGCUGCAAGUGGCUCAAAAAAUGCCAAGAGAGAUACGAGACCAAGUGAUGCUAAAGCCUUCAGAUCUUGUAAUACGGCAGCCGAGAGUAAGUGUGUGCAAUGGAAAACCCCAGAGAGGGAUUUUACUGAGGAUUCCUCAUUAUCUUCGGUUUCAAAGAGACACAGCCAGCCGACCUGCUUUAAUUCUGCAGACAUUGCUUAUAAAGCCCAUAAGGAAACGCUUGGUUUUCAAAGGCAAGAUGAAAGGCUUUCGUCCUCUACCUUUCAUGAGCUUCUCGAGUCCUCGUGGAACUCUGCAAACUUGCAUUGCUCGAUGCUACACUACAACGCAAGUGAACAUGCGGUCUCCUUUGUUGAAUGUCAGACACCUGACGUAUCUGUAUCCAGCGCUUCCUCUUCUGCUGUACCUGUCAUUUCUAAAAGAGAAAGGAACUGCAUUACAAGAGGUAUCAAAAGACAACCAAGACGGGGCUCUAGUUACGUCCCAGAUAUUUCUAUAUACGGCAAAUCAUCAAAUGAAUCGGGCGAAAACGAAGAUUUUGUCAGAGACAUGAGGCUUUGUAGUAACACAUGCGCUUUUGGAGGGCCUACAGAGGUUUAUAUGGACCAAGCAAUGCAAAGAGUUUCUCUCAGAGGAGCAUGCAAGCCUCAUCGAGGACUGGAAGGAAGCAGAAAUGAACGAGUGUGUACUGAUGGGCAAUACUUCGUGUCUCAACAACAACAUUCACCUUUUAAGUGCAAACCCAUUACCGCGACAGAAGCUCAGCUGGACGUGGCACCAGAGGCUCAAAGUGAUGAAAAGAAAAUACAAGAAAGGUGUGAGGAUCUCUACAAGUUUCGUCUGCAGUUGCGCUGUCUGAGAAUGUGGUCCAAUAGACUCAGGUUGCUGUCUCAAGCCCGCUGUAAUGACAGGAGACGGGCUCUAAGCAAAGCUCUAUAUGCUCUGAGAUGGGCUGUCAACAUGCAUCGUGCUCAAACCGAUGCAGUGGAGAGGAGGAGAAGCGCUUUUCUGCUCUGUCAGAGUUUUUAUCAGUGGAAGAAUCGCUGUGAGAGCAGACACCUGAAGAUCUCACUCCACGAUCAGCGUAACACAGAAGCUUUGAGAAAGCGACUCAUUCAGCCCCGCAGAGCUUCAGUUGUGAUGAGCACAUGCUCCAGCUGCAGGAACCUGCCUGUGCUCAGAACGGCUGUGAUUCAUCAUCAUUUAUCUGUACUGUAUAAGCACUGGCUGCUCUGGAGGCAGGUGUGUUUAAAACGUUCAUCUGGAAGACUGCAGGGGUGGUGGGCUUGUGUUUGGUGGGACAGGAGACUCCAGAGCAGAGCCUGGACCCUGUGGACAUUAACCUGGCAGUGGUCACAGCUGGCCACACAUCAGUACAGGAGGCAUGUCUUAUCAUCUGCAUGGAAGGACUGGAAGAUCAGGAACGGUCAGAAGAGGUUGGAGAAGUUGAUUCAGUCCAUUCAGAGGAGCAACCUUCUUCACUUCUUCCAUCUCUGGAAGAAAAGAGCAGAGACUCUUCAAAAAGACAGAGGAAAAGAAUUUGUUCUGAGCCAACGCACCCUGCACUCCUGGCACUGCUCUGUUCAGAAGAAAAAGCUAACACGAUUGAGCGGCAGAGCCCAAUGGACGCUUUCCAGGCGAAUGUUAGCAGUAACCUUCAGGAAGUGGAGAGAUGUCUCAGAGAGCACGCGGGACACGAGGAGAUGUCUGGAGAGAGUGCACCUCCUGCAGGAGAAGGGUAGAUUGCGGGCUGCGUUCGCCGUUUGGCGUCAAAGCGCUGGGCUGAGGAAGGAGUUAAGGAGAAUCGGGGAGAAUUCACAAAGAGCUCAACUCUCACGGUGUUUAUCAGCGUGGAGAACACUGGUUCAGUGCAGUGCAUUGCUUCAUCAGAAAAAAGCUCUGAUACUCAAGACAUGCUUCCAGCACUGGAGCAGAUCUCUACAGCUGCACGCUCUUCAUAAACGUUUCCUCAUCCAGUCUCAUACAAGACACAAAAGCACAGGUUGGGAAAAACUUGUGGCUCAUAAGAUGGAAGUGUUCAGAUGGAAAACAGGUACUUCGGCAGAAGGACUAUCAACCAGACUUCUGCUCCACAACGCUCUUCAAAAGUGGAAAGAGAUUUUCGAGAAACACCGGUUGGCCAAGUCAGCUCAUGACAGAGCUCUUCAGAGGGCUGUUCUUCUGGAGUGGUACAGACGCGCUCAGGCUGCUUUCUCUCGCAGAGUGCUGCUCUUCAGAGACAGACUGGCUCGUCUUCAUCCUCUGAUGUCCACCGCUGUGCCUCAGGGUCAGCUUUACUUACUACGAGUCCUCAGCAGGAUGAUGCACCCCGAUCUGAGUCUGGCUUUUUCCGAGUGGAGUAGUCUGGUGCGCACCAACAGAGAGAGGAGACUGCAGGCGGAUCUCCGUAGAAACAGCAGGAGAUGUGAAGAGCUGACUGCGGUUUUCAGAGUGUGGAGAGCUCAAACACAGAUGCACCGCCGGGCAGUUCGACACUGGGAGAGGAGGGUGCUCUUUCAGUCAGUCUUUCGGUGGAAACAAAUGGUUUGGCAGAGACUCGAGAAACAUUUGUUGGAGCAGCAAGCGGCAGUUACUCGUGACACCAGUCUACUCACACACUGCUUCUCUACAUGGACCAGACUGGCCGUAGGGCCGCACUGCGAGUGGCAGAAGAGUGCUGCUGAACUGAUGAGGAGCAGAACAGACAAACACAGACUGAAUGUGAGCUUUUCCACGUGGGUUACGUGUGCACGCCAGCAGCAGACCGGCAGAGCCUUUUAUACUCACACUCUACAAAAGAGUGUGUUUUUAGGUUGGCUGAGCUGUGUUCAGGUCUGUAAGCAGAGGCAGGCGCUGGCCCUGUUCUUUACACACUCCAGACUUCUGCGUGUGUGUUUCUGUCAGUGGAGAAUCAUCUGUGCCGAGCAGCGGCUCGCCAUCAGCAAAGCACAACACACACUCCACCUGAGAGCCAAAGCUAUCUUACAGCAGUGGAGGAAACACACACACCUCAGGGUCUCUCGAUAUGCUCUCUUGUGUGAGUGCGAAGAGAGGAGGAAGACCGCAGUAAAGAGAAGAACCUUUCUCAAGUGGAAUCAAGCAGUGGAGCAUUUCAGAGGAAUUCAGCAUUAUCACCAAAGAGCCUUAAAGCACAGGUGCUUCUCUCAGUGGCUCCGUGAGCUCAGACGUCGUUCAGAGCUGCUGCGUGUGAGCAGGGAGCUGGAGGACGUCUGGACGCAGACACUACAGAGGAGAGCUGUCCGUCUCUGUCUGAGUGUGUGGGGAGAGAGACUCGCCGAGAGGAAGACGGCCCGUCUGUCGGUGCUUCAGUGGAGAGUGAGAAACGCGUUCCUGUGCUGGAAAACAGCGUUCAGACAGAGACUCAGGAGCAGAGAUCACUGGACACAGAAAGAGCAGAGGAGGGCUCUGUCGGCGUGGCAUAGACAGACAGUGACAGGUCAGAGACUGAGGUACAGAGAGGCCUGCUUCCAGUACAGCCGUGAGAUGAGCCUGCAGGCGGCUGUAUUCAUGCAGUGGAGAAGAGCCCUGAUCCAGGGAGAGCGGAGGCAGUGUGCUCUGGAGAGCCUGCUCAUCAUCCAUCAAAACCGAGUCGGAGAUCAAGAACCAAAAACCAUCACAGCAUUUAACUGCAGAUUACUUCACAAGUGGUUCAGGCAUUGGACGCAUAGCAGGGAUUUGUUGAAAGCAGCAGACGCGUUUUAUAUGAAGAAGAGAAGAAACAAGGCCAGGUUUGUUCUGAGUACAUGGUCACGGUGGGCCAAAGAAUGUAAAGCUCAGAGGCAGAUGGGGGAGGCUGUGGGUCUCUGGCUGGAGGGCAGAGCGGUUUCUAGAAGUUUCCGUCGAUGGGUCAAAGUGUAUCAAGAUGAGCAGAAAGCAUCUCACCACAGACAAACACUGCUUUCACACGGUAUCACAGAAGUGGAGAGAAGAGGAGAGCAGGGACUGACCCGACUCUACUGGACCUGCUGGAAAAACCAAACCGAAGCAUCUCUGCUCUAUACACAACAAUAUGAGUGCUCUGUGCUGCAGAGAGCCUGGCUCACCUGGAGAAAGAGACGCAUCAGGAACAGAGUGUCUGGAGAUUGCUCGGCCGCUUAUAACAAAGUGCUAUUGGCUCAGGCAGAUGGAAGCCAUCCAGUGCAGAUCAGAGCAGACUGCGGAAGCUCCUCACAGAACAAUCAUCGUUUACCCAGCAUGCGGUGUUCAGCAACAGAUCUACGGCAACCUCCCCGCGUUCCAUCCUGUCGCGUCAAAUUCUCCUGCACAUUUACGAACAUUAUCAACACGGGCAAAAAGGAACCCGUUGCAACCACUUCAAGGUGGACUUCAUUUGACCUUUUUUCUUUUUCAACUUUAUUUGCAGCAGUUGAACGGUGUUUUUAGGGUCUAAUAUGAACACUUGGAGCCAGUCGGAGGAAAAUUAACCCACAGGGUCCGCCAUUGUGAUUGAUUUCAUGCUCUAUAUAUAUCACCUUUUGGAAGUUUUAUUGUAUUUAUCAAUACGUUUCAGACGCGGACUUUUAUCUAGAGUUAACAGCAGAGAGAACCAAGGUGUGGUGGGUUUUCUCCACCUGUUUUACUAUCAACCAAGCUGGAAAGAGUCAUAUCAAACCUCUCCCUAUAAGGACAGUUCACAAAAAAUUGUAUUCACGUUCAAGUUUUCCAAACCUAUGAGUUUUUUUCUUUUGCUGGAUAAUGUUUUUUUAGAGAGUCUUUGUAACCUAAACAGCUGAUGUACCUCAUUGACGUCCGCAAUAUAUUUUUUCUCCCACGCUAUGGAAGCCACUGGGGUUCAUCAGCCGUUUUGCUUAAACGUAUUCUUCAAAAUGCAUUGUUUUUGUGUGCAGCAGAAAACCAUACAGGUUUGGAACAACUUAACGGUGUUUAGACGUAGCGGAACUAGCUGCUAGUGAUUAAACAGUGAUUGUGAGAGAUUCUUUAAGAUAAAACUGGGUCUUCGGCAUUUUUCAGGGAAAGGACCCCUUAAUCUAAAACAUUCGAAUUUGUGUCUUAACUGUAACUCAGUGCUGUAAGUGAGUUAAUGUUAAGUACUUAUGAAACAUUCUCAUUUUCCACAAGAUAUUUUCAGGCACUUUGACAUUUUGUGUGGCCAGUCCUCUUUGCACGGGUGUUGAUAGAUACGGUAUUUCCAGAAGAAACUGAAUUCCCAGAAGAUCCUUGAGAAAUGCCAGCGGUUCAGAGGGUUCACUUAUAUAACGGCCCUAUAGUGAGUUUAGAAUGAGUGUGUCAGGUUACUGACUCCUCCUCCUCCUCUCAUGCAGAACGACAAGAACUUUUGUGUGUGAUUUUGUUUGCUAAGUUAGAAGCAUUUUAUACACUGUGAUGUAGAACUUUUAUUUUAUUUGUCCAAUAAAAAAAUCUUUUUGCAAUACAUUUUGAUGAAAAAUCUGCUUUUGUUGUAGUAUCCUGUAACAGUUUUUACAAAUUCUGGAGAUAUUUCAAUCAUUUUAAUGUGUCCUAGAUAUACAUGCUAAAUGUACUUAUUUAGUAACAACAGUGAAUUAAGGAUAAUUAUUAACAUAACCCUAUAUAUAUAUAUA